UUUCUCCCAAACUGGCAUGAAUUAUGCCAUAAAUGAUGGAUUCCUUUAGCAGAUUGCUCUACAGAUGAGUGAUCGUGCUCGGAGCUACGGAGAAGCGCUCGCCAAGUGUAGAUCCAUUUCCCAAAAGCAAGGCUGCAGCGAGCAAGUGAAAGAGAAGACGCUUGGUGACAAAUGGCGUAGUGUGGCCGUCAUUUUGCAGGAAAUUAUUCCCCAUCAUUUUGCUGGCGUAGGGGGCAUUUAUCUACGCAGAAAGGCAUCUUGCUCAACACCAGAAAACUAUUGCUGUAAAAAGGACUAUCAGUGAUCACUAUGUCUGAAAGAGGUUCAGCCACAAAGAACACCCCAGACGGAGAAAGGCGGGGGUACUCUGAUCACGAUUCAAAGAUGUCGGACGAGCACCGAGACACUGAUGAUUCCUCAGAGAAAACCCCAAGCAGGAUGUCCAGAUCCCCUCAGAAAUCCUCCAAAAGACCAAAGUCUGUACCUGUGAAAGUCACGCUGCUGGAUGGAUCUGCCUACGAGACCGGCGUGGAGAAGCUCUGUAAGGGGCAGAUGUUACUUGAUCUGGUGUGUGAACAUCUCAACCUCCUGGAGAAGGACUACUUUGGCUUGACCUACAGUGACACAGAGAGUCAAAAGAAUUGGCUCGAUCCUUCGAAAGAAAUCAAGAAACAAAUUCGUGUGGGCCCCUGGUAUUUCUUCUUCGCUGUCAAGUUUUAUCCACCCGAUCCAUCUCAACUGAUUGAAGACAUCACGCGGUUUUACCUGUGUCUGCAGCUGAGGGAGGAUAUACUGUCAGGACGUUUACCCUGCUCAUUCGUCACUCACGCUCUGCUGGGCUCCUAUGCCGUUCAGGCUGAGCAGGGAGAUUACGACCCGGAGGAACACGGGCCCGACUACAUCAGCGACUUCCGCUUCGCCCCUAAUCAGACCCGUGAGCUGGAGGAGAGGGUGAUGGAGCUCCACCGCACUUACAGGGGCAUGAGUCCCGCAGAGGCUGAAAUCAACUUCCUGGAGAACGCCAAGAAGCUCUCCAUGUAUGGUGUUGAUCUUCAUCAUGCUAAGGACUCUGAAGGCAUUGACAUCAUGCUGGGAGUGUGCGCCAGUGGCCUUUUAAUCUACAGGGACCGUCUGCGUAUAAACCGUUUUGCCUGGCCCAAGAUCCUUAAAAUAUCCUACAAGAGAAGCAACUUCUACAUCAAGAUCCGCCCUGGAGAGGUAGAGAAAAAGUACGAGCAGUUUGAGAGCACUAUCGGCUUCAAGCUGCCCAACCAUCGUGCCUCUAAGCGCUUGUGGAAGGUCUGCAUUGAACACCACACCUUCUUCAGGUUGGUCUCUCCUGAGCCUCCUCCGAAAGGUUUCCUUGUGAUCGGCUCAAAGUUUCGCUACAGUGGGCGGACCCAAGCUCAGACUCGUCAGGCUAGUGCUUUGAUUGACAGGCCCGCUCCUCACUUUGAACGAUCGGUUAGUAGGAGGUACCUGCUGUCCCGCAGUAUAGAUGGAGAAUCUGCUUUAGGGGACACCAUGGACCGACUCUCCCAGCACACCUCCAGUGAGCCCGUGCCCAGUCUUCCCAGAGAUGAGGACCAGGAUUACCUGGAUCCCAGUCUGGAUCAGGACCUGGAUCACGAUCAUGAACCUGAAGAUCAGCAGCUGGAGAGUCACUCCACCCCCUCUAGAAUGGUGGAGCUCAAGAGGGAGGAGUCAGGUUCUCCUGUAGACUCUAAGACGGAGUCGGACCAGGACUUGGCCCCACGUCCUAAACAGGAGCAGUUCCUAGAUAAACCAGAAGACGUGUUACAGAAACAUCAAGCCAGCAUCAACGAGCUGAAGCGAGCCCUGAGAGAGCCAAACAGCAAGCUUGUUCACAGAGAGAAACGUCUCUCUGGAGCUUCAUCCGGCAGCACUCCUGAGAAAAAAUCUGCCUCAGAGGAGUCCCUAUUGAUUGAGAAGCAAGAUGAAUGUCAAAGAGACCUUACCUUCAGUAAAAAAGAGGAAAAGAGCAGGAGUCCUAGAGUAGCUUCAUUAGCUACUGGAUUCAACAGAGAGGCAGACGACAGAACGAGAGAGAAAAUCCUCGCCCCACAUAGCGACACAAAAGAAAAACCCAGUGUGUCCAAAAGGACCUCUGCAGAAACGAUCUUAUCACCAGAGAAGCCCCUGAGAAAUAGAGCUAAAAGCCCUGCUCUAAGGUAUAACAAUUUCCAUUGCGCUGGUUCUUUGGAGAAAGCGUAUGAUAAUGGGCACCCGCAGGACAGAUGUUUGUCAGAGAAUGUGUUUCAUGCAAAUGGUUUCGAUGAAUAUGCAACGGAGAGACACUGGGUCCAUAAAAGAAACAUGGGUGUAACCCGUGGAGAAGAUGAGAGGGGAAAUCAGGACUUGGAGAAAAGCUUUGGUGAGUCUUCUCCCAAUGCAGCUAUAGACAAACAUAUGAGAAAUCGAUAUCAUGAAAGCAGAUGGGAGAACCAAACCACAGGAACAGAGCCAGACAUCAGAUCUACAACCAUACAAAAGCAAACCCCUACACCAGGCACUGGAGAUGAUACGGUGAAAAGCGUAACAGUCCAGAGACACGACUCUAGUGCCAGUGACACAUCGCAGUCUGAGGUAAAACGAAUUGUUCCGUUGAAGCCCGAGAGAUCAAAAAAGCUGAAAGGCAAUAAAGGAGCCAAGCAACAAGGACACUCAAGUGAGAAAAGCUAUUCCGAAUCAUUUGACGGAGGGGAGAAGUCUGAGGAAGAGCCAAUUGCUUUUGAGAAUACUCUGUACAGCUCAUCGCAGCACAAAAAUACUGCCGUUUCAGAGGGCAAUGGAACUUCCGCUAAGCAAGACGUGUCCCAUAAUUAUCACAACAGAGAAGUCAGAGAAUACAGCCGACAGUAUCUUCAAGACAGGCACCAAUUAAAGGAUUUCAAAAACAGCGCUGACCACAGACUUAGUAUCGAACAAGAUCGCUUUCUGUUUGAAGAUCCGUCUUCUGUGUUUGACUUUGCGAACAAUUCAACGUUUUCAGCUUUUGAUCAGAUUCCCCAUUUGUACCCGCCCGUAAAAUCCCAGAGGGCGAGAGAUGCACGCACUAAACAGAUCCCCAAAAGUGAUUCCAACAACAGCCUUCACAAGAGCUCAAGCGUGGAAUCUUCCAAGAGAAAAUCAGUGAGAGAGCCCUGGGAGAGACGCUUGGGAUCGGUGUCAGAAGAUGACCCCGACCUGGACGCUCUGUACCUGAAGGAGACCCACUUGGGCAUCGAGCGCAAAUGCUCGAGUAUCACCGUCAGCUCAACGUCUAGCCUGGAAGCAGAGGUGGACUUCACCAUCCUCAUGGAUUUUCAAACGGGUAUCGAGGAGUUUUCUAGAGGCAUGUCUGAGCUGGGAGAGAAGGACAUCUCGCCUGAGUUUGGCUUCUCUGAGCGGUCCACCCAUCCAGCGUUUAUUCUGGGAGCAGAUCCGAUUUAUUUUCCUGAAGACAGACCUGUGGAAGUACUGAGGUCCGUAGAGAAACCCAAACCCGUUGUAGAACAGAAGCCACCAGAGGAACGUAAACCAGAGCCUUUCGUACCCAAGAAAGCUCCACGGUCAGUAAAAACCGCUCAAGCCCUAAGGAAAGACUCUUCAGAACAAGCUAAUGCUCAGUCGAUGAGGCGUGAGAGCGCCGAAUGGCCCCCAAUCCAACCUCUCAGUAGAGAGAGCAGUGAAAUCAUUGCCUCCCAGGCUCUAAGGAAGACUGAGGUCAAGAUCGAAACGCAGCCCAAUGGCUCUGAGGUCACAACAACCAUAAUGGAGAUCGCAGACCCGGACCAUGGUAUGAGCAGUAUGCGAGAGGCUGCAUACUCAAUGGUAGAGAAGGUUUCUCCUGUGAACCCGGGAUCAUUAGGAAGAGAAGGUUCUCCUCUAAUGGUAACUGAGAAUGUAACAUCGGCCACUACAACUCAUGUUACUAAGACCGUGAAAGGAGGCUACUCAGAGACAAGAAUUGAAAAAAGGAUUAUCAUUACUGGUGAUGAUGAUGUUGAUCAAGAUCAGGCGCUCGCCAUGGCAAUAAAAGAAGCCAGGCAACAGCACCCUGACAUGUUGGUAACCAAGGCUGUAGUUGUCAGGGAAACAGAAUCUUCCACUCAAGACCUGCAUGAAGAAUCAAAGUCCUGAUCUUCUCGGUUAUUCAUCAAGACGUUUCUCAAUGACUGCCAGUGGAUCAUCAACAUCUGGAAACCCUUUUUCACCAAGCUUCAAGACCCGGGACACCAAUUCUUCCAAAAACACACACACACAAACACACAUAUGCUGCCUCCCUGAUGUCAGGCAUAUUCCUUCCUAUAUAAUUUCAAUUUUGUGUCUACAUUUGCUGUGGUAAUACAGACAUCUGUCCAGGAGGCACCACAUCUCCUCGACUGAGCACCGCUCGGGAUGACCAGUCUCUUCGUCACAUCAAUCAGAAGAUUUAGUCACAAUCGUAGUCUAUCGCUCUUUCGUCACGUAUGUGAAAACUAACCAGUUGUACUUUAAACAGCGCAACGGUGACAUAUCGCAUGAGACACGGGGCUUUUCGAUGAACAUUGCUGAAGAUUACGCUAAAGCCUGAAGUAUAGUUCCCUUUUCAUGCGUACGCGAGGGACAGCAUAUACUGCACGUGACGCGAAGUCAUCAAAAAAAUACGCACAUACUGUACGCGCUCAGCCGAAAUCGUGUUACCUUGCUUUGAAGGAAGUACGCGUAUGCAUGGCCUCGCGUAUGCGUAAAAAAAGAAAUAUACCUCGGGCUUAAGUGGACUGACAGUAGCUUCUGUUGAGUAGUUUUUCUAGAGCUCACAGAGACGUUACACGGAAGAUCUUUUUGCAAACACCGAACUGUAGAUUAAAUCCUAGUGUACUAGCUAAUGUGCAGACAGUUUGUCCAUGCUUAUAGAUCCGCUGUUAUGUUGCUUUUAGAUUCUGAAACUCAUUUGCAUGUGGCAAAGCUGCGUUUCAUUGACAGAUUUUCAUAGACAGUCGAUAAAGCUAAAUACAGGGGUCGACGUCCUUGAGCAGAAAAGAACAGAUUCUAGUAAAUGUAAAAGUAAAGUGACCAAACUUGUCAUCAGUAUUUAUGUCCAUAUUGGUUUUUAAUAUGGGCAUACAGUAUUAGACAUGUACAUUUUAUUCUGGGAAUUCCUGCUGUUUUGACAAAAUCACUUUUUUUAGUUAUUGUGGGGCCCGUAGAUAUGCUUCGUAGAGAGAAAUAAAAGUAAUUUUCAAUACAAUGUACUACUAGUAGUCUUUAGAUCUUAGACACGAAAUAUCACAACGUUUGACCUGUUUUUAAAUGCACGACAAAACGAAACAUAUCUGCUUGCUGAAUGCUCCGAUUUUUCAUCUUCUGCACCUAACGUAAAAUGGCGAAACAUUAUUUAUAGCCCAAAGAGUUAUAUACAUGCCAAACACUGUUAUUCACCACUGUGUUAUAUGCAUGUGACUCAAUUAAGACCUUAUUAGACACGCAAAUGAUUUACGAUUACUUUCUAACAAACCGGCGAUUUUACAAAUUCCCAACAGUUAAGCAAGUCCAUUGUGUGAUUAUUGUAUUAUUUUAUAUCUGCUGCCUCAUACAAUGCUGUGCCAAUGAAAAUAAGGAAAACUACUUUAAAAGGUUCUGGUUUGUAAGAUACGAUUCCUUUCUCUGUGAUAAAUGUCAUGAGCCUGUGGCUUGGUUUUCAGUGAAGCGUGACCCGUGAGACAUGAUUCUCUUUCCAAACGUUCCUAAAGCAGUAGAAGUCCUGAAUGAGUCAGGAUGUGUACGUGUUGUAGUCUUAUAUGGAUGAAUGAACUUUGAUUUGUAUGUGUAUUGCCAAAUAAAAAACUUAGCAAAAUUUAAAUUAGAAUGAAAGAAUACCAGAAAAGCUCUCGAUGAUAAUAUUUGCUAACAUGGUGAAAGGCUUGUUCUUGUGUAUCUAUGUGUUCAGGACGGUGCACUAUCUGUGAAUAUUAUGACACCUAACACAACUUGCAGACAUCAAAAAGGAGACUUGAUAUACCUUCAGCUGAUUUUUAAAGACAUAGAUGCUGUUCUUGAAUAAAAAGAAGUGCCAUGUAAAGGUUGACAGUCACAGUUUGACUCAACCACAGCAUUCUCUCACAAGUUUUGUCUCAUAUCAAGGCAGCAUAGAAAGCGAACUCUGGAAAAACAGGUUAACUUUAGAAAACUAUGUCUUAAGCAUCGGUUUCCCUAAGAUUCCACCUGCCAGCCACUUCUGUUUACACUGCUAUCUGGUACUUUCUACUGCUUGAUUUUGUGUGUUUGCUGUACAGUGUUCAAAAUAAAAAAAAGAUCCAUUCAA